ACAGAAGCUUUUUCAUUCCAUUAGCCAGUGCAUGUGCUUGUGAGUGAGUGGAGGAAGCAGAGAGAGACUGUGUCUUGUGUGAAGGGAGGGACUCCCCACUUUCUUCUCAAAGUCGUCUCCACGUUCUUAUUUGUUGCUGUGUCUUCCACUGUUCCCAUAUUCCGCAAAUUAAGCUUCUUUUUUUUUCUUUUUCUUUUCUCCUUUUUUUUCCUUUUCCUGUUGAAUUUUGAAAGCUAUUGUGGAACUUCCAAUACGUUUGAACUAGUCCUUCAAAUACCCUUUAUUCAGAUUUUGGUAAAGUUUUCAUCUUUGGUAUAUGGGUUGUGGCUUGUGCUAGUUUUGGAGAUCUGGGUGUGCUGCAUUUUGGACUUGAAUUUGUGUUCUCAGGUUGUGGAAAUUGCAAGUGAUAAAUCUGGGUCAUAAUGCUGCUGGGUGCUCCUUCAUUUGUCUUCUGCUGCAAAUAGAAGAAAAAGUAUUUGUCAGGUUCUGUAGCUUGCAAAAGUUGCAAAAGUUCCCAACUUUGAUAAAAGUAGUUCAUGGGUAUUGACUUUUUGCUGCUAAGCUAAGCUUUUGUUUUUGGGAGUUGGGUCUUAGUGGUUGUUAGAAGUUUUGAUUUUGGAAGAAAAUUUGAGCAUUUUGUGGUAGUAGAAUAGUUGAUGAUGAUCUGAAACCUGGAGUUGAUGCUUGAUCUGGAGUGUUGAAUUUGAUGGUUAUGUGAAAAAAGAUUGGAAAUUUGUGAGUGUUAUUGAAAUUUGGAAGAUAUUGAUGGGAGUGUUAUAGUAACAUAGCACAUUUUUGUUGUUGUUGUUGUUGAGGGUAGAUUCAUAGAAGAUAUGGCUUCAACUUCUCCUUCUCCAAAUGCAUCACCUUCUGCAAUUCCACCAGAAUCUUCUGCUAAUCCACCACCACCAUCACAACCAUCUCCAUCUUCUCCUUCUAAGCCAAAUCAAACCUCUGACACCCCUGCACCUUCAUCUCCUUCUACCCCUUCUUCAGCUUCACCUCCUUCUCCUUCAGUUCCUGUAACCUCUCCUCCUACCCCAUCCCUUUCACCUCCACCAUCAUCUACUACACCUCCACCAACUCCAUCCCCUCCUUCACCACCAGAUUCUCCACCACCCUCAACACCAGCAUCACCUCCACCUUCAGUUGCAUCCUCACCACCACCACCAGCUGCCACUGCUGCCCCUCCUCCUGCCAAGACUUCCCCUUCGGUUCCAAGUUCGUCCCCACCGCCUCCCGUAGCCAGUUCCCCUCCACCUCAACCCUCACAGGCACCUCCUAAAUCAACUCCACCUCCUUCUCAACCAGUUUCACCAUCUCCUCCACCUCCAGCCAAUGUGCCAAGGCCAACACCAUCCACCCCUACUCCGCCGAAGGGAAAGCCACCAGAGAGUUCUCCUCUGCCGCCUUCGCCUCCUUCACAACAUGCAUCCCCUCCUUCUGUUUCUAAACCUGCUCCUUCCACUGAUGCUCCCCCUCCAUCAACAUUGCCAUCCACUCCUCCUGCACCUCCUUCCAAAGAUGUCCCUGCUCCAUCCACAUUGCCAUCAACUCCUCCUUCAGUCCCUUCGGCGUCUUCACCUCCAUCGUCUUUGUCUCGUCCCUCUAAUAAUGGAACAGCAGCGGGGGCUCCAGCCGAGUCCUUACCCUCUUUUCCAACUGAGAAACCCACUGCUAAACCAACUAAUGAUGGCACCGAUAAUAUAACCUCGAAUACCCCAUCUUCACAUUCAAAAGGGUUAGGUUCUGGAGGAGCUGUGGCCAUUGCCGUUAUAGCUGGCUUUUUUGUUCUCAGCCUUCUUGUUAUGGCUUUGUGGUUUUCAAAGAAAAAGAAGAAAGGAAAGGGACCAAAAGCUGGUUAUACUUUGCCUUCACCAUUUACCUCGUCUCACAAUUCAGGUACAUUAUUCUUGAGGCCACAAUCACCAGCUAACUACUUAGGUAGUGGUUCUGGUGGUGAUUUUGUGUAUUCACCAUCAGAGCCAGGUGCUGUAAGUAGUUCAAGAUCAUGGUUCACAUACGAAGAACUUAUCCAAGCUACAGAUGGGUUUUCUCCAAAAAAUCUAUUGGGAGAAGGUGGAUUUGGUGCGGUCUACAAAGGUAUGCUCUUUGAUGGAAGAGUAGUGGCUGUGAAACAGCUUAAAGUUGGUGGCGGGCAAGGGGAACGCGAAUUUAGAGCAGAAGUUGAGAUUAUUAGCCGUGUGCAUCAUCGCCAUCUUGUUUCCCUGGUGGGCUAUUGUAUAUCUGAGCAUCAAAGAUUGCUUGUCUAUGACUAUGUUGCUAACAACACACUUCAUUACCAUCUUCAUGGUGAAAACAGACCAGUUUUGGAUUGGCCUACCAGAGUCAAGGUUGGAGCUGGGGCUGCUCGAGGAAUAGCUUACCUACAUGAAGACUGCCAUCCACGCAUCAUUCAUCGGGAUAUUAAGUCAUCAAACAUCCUGCUUGACAAUAACUUCGAAGCUCAAGUUUCAGACUUUGGACUUGCAAAAUUGGCUCUGGAUUCAAAUACACAUGUUACUACCCGAGUGAUGGGAACCUUUGGGUACAUGGCACCAGAGUAUGCAACAAGCGGAAAAUUGACUGAAAAGUCCGAUGUAUAUUCCUUUGGUGUGGUGCUUUUGGAGCUAAUUACCGGUCGGAAGCCUGUAGAUGUCUCUCAGCCUAUCGGUGACGAAAGCCUGGUUGAAUGGGCUCGGCCUCUGUUGAUAGAAGCACUUGAUAACGAGGACCUCGAAAUCUUGGUGGAUCCAAGACUGGAAAAGAACUACAACAGAGAUGAAAUGUUCCGGAUGAUUGAGGCUGCUGCAGCCUGUGUUCGCCACUCAGCAAUAAAGAGGCCACGGAUGAGUCAGGUGGUAAGAGCUUUAGAUUCCUUAGACGAAAAUUCUGAUCUCAACAACGGAAUCAGACCGGGGCAGAGUUCAGUCUUCGAUUCUGCGCAACAAUCCGCACAGAUCAGAAUGUUUAGAAGGAUGGCUUUUGGUAGCCAAGAUUACAGUUCCAGUUUCUUUAAUGAGUCUCAAAGUAGCUGGAUGAGUAGAGAGCAACAUGACUCAACAACCAUGAAUAGAUCAGGACCUAGGAAUAUUAUUUGAGAUGAUUAUGAUGAUGAUGGUAAUUUGAUGGUGGCCAGAUCCUGUGUUAUAACUCUUGUAAAUCUCAAAAGUAUCAUUUUUUUUUUAACCCUUUUUUGUUUCUUUUUGCCAACAUGAUUU